AGCACUACUAAUCACACUUAAAAUCAUAUUACAAUUUAGUUUUGAAUUUAGUGUAGAAGAUGAAAUUUCUUGUGUGUUGGCAAAAAAGUGAUCGAAUCAAUUGAUUUAGUAAUUUGACAGUGGAAGAGGCGACAAUGUGUGAGGCGCAGAGGCUGCUGGAUGAGUUGUAUGCAACAUUUCAGAGAUAUAAUCACCAACGAUGCAUCCAACUGCUCAAGAUCUUCAGUCAGGUGCGUUGCUGCGAGUGCGGCCAUCGAAUGCGCAUCGAGAUUGCACAACAAAAGGCAACGGCCAAAAGUGCCGCAUCUCGAUAUCAAUUCGUCAAUUGUAAAUUGCCAAUUGUUUGCCUUGUUGUCAUGCUGCUCAUCAUCAUCUACAUGAUCCAUUUGGCCAGGCGUUACAAUCGUGCCAUCGCCUUUGGCAGCUGUGCCUGCAUCUCCACGUUUUUCUACACCAACGAUGAUUGCGAGGUGGUCGUCUAGCCAGAAGUGUUGCCUUCUAAUUGAUUCUCCCCAAUUGUGUAGUGUAAACAUAAAUAUACUACGAUGUUUCUACAAAUUGUU